AUGGGACAAAAGACACAUCUAGCGUUGCUUUUUAUAGCGCUGUUGGCCACGAUCGCUGUGGCCGCCGAAGACAGUUCGUCCUCGUCCUCUUCUGAAGAAUCGAAAGAAACUAGAGCAAUCAGACAACUUCUUUCAUUUACGAUGGAGCAUAUUUCCCGCAUAACUGAAUAUAUAGCAGCUGAAGGAAAAAAUAUAUUUGAAAAAGUCGUACAGGAAUUGUCGCCUCUCAAGGAAGGAAAUGAAGAACUUCGUAUUAAGCUCCUUAAUUUUACGGAAUUCAUCGAAGAUGCUGGCAAACUGAAGCCACGGAAAGAAGGUCAGCCAUUCCAGCUGGAAUCGCUUAUGCUUUCUGCCACAUUCUCCGAGAUUAUGGAUGCAUAUAAUACCACCGAUACCGCAGUAAAACCGACCAUUGAAACAGCGCUCAUAUGGGCUACUAUAACAAAGAACGGCUUAGAUGCGCUAGAGAAUGGGGUAGAGACACGUUUUGCGGACUAUUUAAGCGAAUUCGAUAAGAAGUUUAAAGAGUUCGACAGUUCGCUUACUCCAACGGAGCGCCAAGAAUAUGGCAAGAUUUUUGUUUGGUACAACAGUGUUAAGAACGCAUCCACUAUAGAUGAUAAAUUGAAUAAGUUUGUGGAUUACUUGAACCAAAAAUUUUAGGAUAAACUUAAAGAAAACGUCUGCAAUAUUUGGAUUAUCCUAUUUUAUUUGCAGGCUUGAUUUAUUUACU